AUGUCGGAGAAAUUGGACUCGAAAAAUGAGAGCUCUUCCUCUAUCACACCGGACGACAAGCUUGACGAUCUAUCAACCUUUCCCGAUGGAGGACUGAGGGCAUGGCUUGCAGUUGCGGGUGCCUUUGCCACUAUGUUCAGUACUUUUGGGUAUCUGAGUACUUUUGGUGUUCUAGAAUCCUAUUACCAUGAUAAAUUGCUUCGCAACAAUUCACAUUCCGAAAUAGCAUGGAUCGGCUCGUUGCAGGCGUUUUUCAUGUGUACUACUGGGCUACUUUCUGGCCCACUCGUGGAUCGAUAUGGUACAAAGAUGAUUCUUUUCCCCUGUUCAAUUCUAUACGUCGUCGCCAUUAUGCUCACAUCGCUCUGCACCAAAUAUUACCAGUUCCUUCUAGCCCAAGGUGUUCUAGGUGGAUUCGGUAUCGGGAUGCUCUAUACCCCUUCCAUAUCGAUCCUUGGCCACUACUUUCAGAAGAAACGUGAUCUUGCUAUUGGUAUUUCGUCUGCUGGUUCUCCUCUUGGGGGAAUAAUAUUCCCGAUUGUCCUCAACCGCUUCCUACAGUACACAAACGUCGGCUUUGGCUGGUCAAUUCGAGUUAUCGGAUUCAUCAUUCUAGUACUAUUACUGUUUGCCUGCGUAACACUCGUUCCUCGCAUCAAGCCGAGAAGAGGUCCCCAUUUUCUUCUUGAUGCCUUUAAGAAACCUGUCUAUUCACUUCAGGUUGUGGGGUAUUGCGUGAUCUUCUGGGGAAUCUAUACCCCUUUCUUCUUCCUACCUGCCUUCGCAAUCGCUCACGGAAUUAGCAUUGACUGGGCCUUUUAUAUUCUGCCGGUCUACAAUUCCGGGUCAUUUGUUGGUCGGAUUGCGGGCUCGAAACUUACGUCCUACUGUGGCAGGUUCAACGUCUUAAUAUGCGCUGUCUUCCUCUCCGGAAUUUUAGAGUUUUGUCUCCUUGCAAUGACCGGACUUUCGAGCCUCAUCAUCUUUGCAGUAUUUUUUGGUAUUACUUCUGGAGCGAUUAUUGGCUUAUUCCCAACGACAAUCUCCAUUACUGCUCCUCAUCCCAAUCAAAUCGGAACCUAUCUUGGGAUGAUGAUUGGCGUGAUAGGGGUAUUUUGUCUUACUGGGUCGCCGAUGAUGGGUGCAAUCAUUAGCAACACUAAGAGUUUCACGCCAGCUCUGGGGUUUAGCGGCGGAUUAAUGUUGGUUGGGGCUUUUCUAAUAUUUCUCGCGCGAAUGCAUCAUUACGGAAAAGUGUUAAUUGCUUGA